UGGGAGCUGAGGCCUUGGGGAAUGAGGUUAGGGGGAAUGAGCCUCUGAUAACAACACUCAUACAACGAAACACAAUGCGAUUAUAUUAACCAUUAGAUGAUCCAUGUGCUCGUUGGUCGGCUUAUCCCAUAUUAAGUGUGGGAGAGCCAGGCUUCGGCACGAACGGGCCGGCUCGACCGGAAUGAUACCACGGCUUCACAGAAAACCGACGUGAAACAAAGCUUGUGUUGUGUUUCGUCGUGUGAGUGAGGUUACCGGAAGCCCAAGGCCGGUAUCGCACUUGCAACGGCCCUGGUGUUCCAGAUGUCCAAGAUUGGUUAACAUCAGCGAUCGCAUUUUGUCCCCCAAAGGAUAACAAUUUGCAACAUAUCAUUGCAAAUAUUACAAAAUAAGAUGCCGGUACCUAUUCAGACUGCUUUUACAGCGCAGACAAAUUGGAAUCACAUAGAGAAAUGGGACUGUUCUGCUUACCAACGUGUCCGCAGUAAAAAGGAUGACGUCACUACUGACCUCAUUUCACGACAAAGAAGCAUGACGUUACAUACAUUGAAGUUUGUUCCACAUUUUCAAGUGGACCAACAAGUUUCAACAUCACUGCAAGUUUACCUUCAAAUUGUCGCUGAAAACAUGAAUAAGAACUCCAUCAAAGUGGUCGGUAUUAAAAACAGCCAUAUAAACAGUUCUGUGUUUGUUGAAAUGAAGAAAAUUGGUUCUUAUGUCCAUGGAAUUAAAGUUCUUUACGAAGAAUUCAAUGAAUCAGAUCUCAAAUCCUCAAUAAAUGGUAUUGGCAGGUUUCUUAAGAAUGCUGACCUAGCUAUCGUCCGUAAUUUGUCCACUGAUGAAAAUAUGUGCCAACUGCUACACUUCACAGUUCAACGAAACUGCUUCGUAGUGAGCGAAGAGGACAAUCUGUUCGGAGGUCGAACCCGUCCGAAGUCUUUGUACCAUACGGUCUGUGCUCAUAGUAAUGCGCACACACGGCUGGACCUGGUGCGUUGGCGUCCGCCGCUGGAAGCAAUGCCUACGACUGCUAUCACAGUGCCCCAAAACCUCGAUCUCUCUCUUCUCUCUGUUGCACGAGCGAAUAUCCCAUCACAACACCGUCUCCUCAUAGUAUGUGCCCACCCAGCCCCUCACAACCUCAGAAGGCACAUCCAAAAUUGGAGAAAGGACGCGGAACGUAACAACGUAUAUUUAUUAACUGUCAAUAAAAAAGAAGAAAACAAUUUCUUUAUAGACGACUUACCGGACAUCGAUUUGGCUUUUACCGUUUUUGAUCACGGUAACUGGGGUGGAGAAUAUUAUGUACCAGUGCAGAAUAACGCGAGAGUGUUCAGUAAUGUGACGUUACAAAGCACACAAGUAGGAGAUGUCAGUUCCUUGGAGUGGGUCCCUGCUUCCGACUCGUUUGAAACUGGAAUUCCCGUAACCGUUCACUACGCUGGUUUAACCAACACUGAUUACAAAAAAGCUGCUGGAGCCAAAUCCGCAAAACAUAACAAAGAAAACAGUUAUGGCAUGGAUUUUAGCGGAGUAACUAAGAGCGGUGAGCGCGUGAUGGGUCUGGUCCCUUACGGCGCGGCGAGCAGCGUGGUGCACGCGCGGCCGGAGCUGCUGUGGCCGGUGCCCGCGCACUGGACGCUCGAGGACGCCGCCACCGUGCCGCUCGCAUACGCACAUGCACUCUACUGCUUGGGCAUCAAAAAGUCAGCAGACUUAUCACCUGAAACAACUGUGUUUGUGCACAGAGGCGAUGGGACCUUUGGCCAAGCAGUUAUAUCCAUCGCCCUAGGACACGGCUGUCGAGUAUACACGACAACUUCAAUACUUUGUUGUGGAAUGGAUGACAUUUGCUUGGACUUUUCUCAACUCCACAACCCUAAUGAGGACAAUACUUGCGGAGUAUUCAAUCUCAAAAGGACGAGGUCUUAUUCUGCCAUUGAUUUCACAGCAAUGCUUGCCAAUGAUAAUACGGUAGAGAAGAAGAUGUUACAACAAAUGUUGAGCGAAGGUAUACACAAGGGCUACGUGCGCCCGUUGCCGCGCGUGUCGUACGCACCGCACGCCGUGUCGCGCGCGGCCCGGCUGCUGGCGGGCAGCACACAGCGCGGCAGUGUACUAUUGAAAAUGCAAGAACCAACACUUCAAACACAGUUCAGACUUUCUUGUAACCCACAUCAAAGUCAACUUAUAAUUCUAAGUGAAGAAAGACUUGGACUUGAAUUAGUUGACAUGCUGGUGGCACGAGGUGCUAGGAGACUGCAUAUUCACACCAAGACUCUCACGUCUGCAACGCUCCAAUUCAAACUAAGGAUGUUGGAGAAGAUGGGUGUGGAAGUUCAAACAUCAUCAGAUAACUUGGAACAUGAGAGUGAUGUAGUGUUACUACUUACUGACGCUGUCAGCAUGGGGCCGGUACAGGGUGUGUACGUGGUCACCAAUGAUGAUGACAAGUUCGAGGAAAGAGUGCUCGCUCAUCUAGAUAUAGUGUCCAGGACAUUUUGCCGUAACCUGAGAAAUUUAGCCUUCAUCAAUAUUGGGAAGACAACGUAUGGAAGGGAAACGUAUUUAACACACCAUCAAUAUAAGUUACCAGCCAAAAUUAUAUCUCUACUUUAUGCUAUUAAUGAUAUUACUGUUAACGAUGCAAUGGGUGCUUUGGAAGCUGCACUGUGUAGUAAUCACACAGUGAUUGUAGCUCAAGAAGAGGAAUUACAAUACCGCAAUCAACUGGGAAAGGUUGCAGAAUUUGCAUAUGCGCCUUUGACACAGAGUAAAUCACACACGACUACAUUACAAGAAGUAAGAAUUCGAGACGGAAUACAAAUGGAUGAGGAUGUCAAAAGUCUGACGAAAUACUUUUCGUGUGUGGACACGGACGAAGUACAACAAUCUUCAAAUAUUGUAACAAUGCCAGUACCGGUCGACGCUGAUUGCUUGUGUCCAGAAGAAUGCGACUCUAACUUGACGUAUAUCUGCAGUAUAUGCCAGCCAUAAUAGAAGUUGCUCCUGCUGUAGAUAGAUGACGCGAUAUUAUAGCACUACUAGGUCGCACUCUCAUAUUAUAAGUACAUAAUUAACUACACCGUACCUUGAUACUUAUCAUUAAUCCUCAUUAUAGGAACCAAUUAUU